AUGCCACAAUGCGCCCACACAGACGCCGACGCCGACGCCGACGCCGAUGCCGUCCCAGUCCAAGCUCUGCCAGGCGCCAUGUCGAUUGUCCAGGAAACGGCCUGCAGCGUCAACUCCCAGCUCGACCGCCUGCAGCAGCAGAUCACUCGUCCGGAGAAGCUCCUGUAUACCCAAGAUGCUCCCCCUCCGCACAUUCGUCGCCUCCAAAAUGUCAUCGGCUCCAUCUCGGUGACGUCUAAGACUCAGCCCUUCCUUCCGGCUAUUCGCCUCGCAGAUUUGCUGGCAGAUUCGACUGGGACGUUUCAAUACCCCCUCUCCGCAGUGGCCAGGACUGAGACCGAGUCCCAGGCCGAGGAGCAUGUAUCGGACUAUCUAUGGCUGGUUGCCGCCAAGGCGGCGGUUCAGGCAUCCGGGCUAGUGAUGCACUCCCUCCUGGAUUACACGCUUCAGCUCCAGGAAGAGAUCUACUACUGGAACGCCGUACUUGGAUCGGUCUGGAAUAGUGGUAUCUAUACGGCGCAGACCACCCCUGUGCGACUUUGGCACUGGACAAAGGACCUCUCUUCUUUCCGAACCAUGCAGACUGUGUCGUCCGAAUCCCUGUCGCGGUCAAUUGCUGCUCGCUGGGCGCAGUUCUACCAAAUUGCUAGACAGAGCAUGUCGGAGUAUCCGAUUCGACUAAACUGGUCUUCUCCCAUCCGAUCUUGUCGGUCAGAAAUCCGACAGAAGAGAGACCACCUGUUGGCCAUGAGGGACAUUCAUACCAGCAGCCUGGGCCUGCUCAUGGAAGGGUGGCGUGCCUUCCAAAUAGAAGACCUCGCGAGCAAUGCCGAUCGGGUUUCUCGGGACCAGUGGCAAGAGACGGUUACCAGAAUUGUGGCUCUCACAGAAGCCAUUUUGCACCAGGCAAUCAGUCAGUCGAGUGCGGCGGAUUUUGAGAAGCGGGUAUUCGCUGUCAUGGAAGACGAUAGGUCCAGCAUGCAAAUGCAGGGCAGUGGUCCGUUCUCCACCCAACCCCCAGUUCGUUUGAUUGAGCGGGUGGUGUACCUCCUUCGAGCUCAACUGCCAGCUCACACGGCCUCGAUGUCGGCAUUUGUUGUUUUGCACGGGCGCCCCUCGCGAGUGACUCGGUACUGGAUCCCCGCAUCGCUAGCGGUCUUGUCCAGUAGCCUCUCCCUGAGAUUCAUUGCUCAUCGACAGGACCAAAUCCUACAAUGGAUCAUGGAUAUUGGAUCCACGAUCGUUGACUUUGGCGGCAAUUGGGUGGUGGAACCCAUUCGCAAACUCAUCGGAACUAUCCGACACGACGAGAAAAGUGAGAUUGCCAUCAUGAGUAAAAACAGCUUGGUGGCCGACCGGGCCAGCCUGGAGCGUAUGGUCAUUGACUUUGUCCGCGAUCGGCCCGACCUCAGCCAGGGACAACUGCCCGCGGAAGACACGACAGCCAUUGCGAAUGCAGUCAAGGAGGGUGAUUUGACACCGGUGCUCAAAGCCUAUGAGCGCGAUCUCCGGACGCCCUUUGUAGGCACUGUUCGAGGCGAUCUGGUGCGGGCUCUUUUGAUUCAGAUUCAGAAGACUAAGGUCGAUGUGGAAAUUGCCAUCAGUGGCAUCAAUGCUCUCCUGAAGAGUCAAGAACUUGUUUUUGGGUUCGUUGGGCUGACGCCUGGAAUUUUGGUUUCGUAUUCCGCUCUGCGGUGGCUGAUUGGCCUCUUUGGCAACCGUCGGGGUCUACAAAGAGGGAAGAAACAGCAUGCGCUCCGCCGUGGGCUACGAAACGUGACUCGCAUCCUCACAUCCGCCCGGUCCCCUGAUGGGACGGUCUCCUACAAGGAAUCGGGGCGACUUAUAUGUGAGGCAGAAGAUCUCCUCCAGAAAAUCAAGACAGUCCUCGGAGGUAUACAAUACCAGGAAUUCCGGGAAGACAUCCAAGACCUGCUUGACGUCCAGAGUGGCGUCGACAAGCAACUGCGGGUUGUUGAGAGGAUGAGAUGGGCAUACUUCCAUUAG